AUGCCCGUACGACAACGCAGAGUUGCAAAUGUUCAGACUGCAAGCCCAAGCAAGAAGCCGAGAAGAGCCAAGAGCCGACAGGUCGAAGAAGGGACUCGGGAGCCUCCGAAGCAAGACGAUGAUCGCGAGUCUAUCUCGGUUGUAGAUCGACAGCAGGGCAGUCUGUACGACGCAGUCGCAGGGCGUCUUUCGCGUGACGGCUUCAUCCUGUCAAAUGCCAUCAAACAGCCGAUGCCGCCGGACCAGGUGCUGUUCAGUCAGAAGAAUGCACCAACACGAUACCAAGAGGAUGAUGCGUACUUUGUGCAUCGUCGUCUUCCUUCCGGCGCAAGGUUGCCAGAUUCCGACAUGUUGAAAGCUAUCCAUUCUUACGCUUCUGACUUCUACGGAUCAGGUAUUUUGGGCAAAUGCGACGAGGACUUCACAAGCAUGGACGAAACGGCACUCAUUGCUCUAGGUGUCUUGCUCGAAGAGGCUGCCUCGCAGUCGCUUGGUAAGACUGGUGAUCUUGCCUUUGUGCAAGGUGAGAAGAGAGGUUAA